AUGUCUGAAGAUGAUAGAAUGAAGCAGUUCCAACAGGAAAACAAGAUAGUGUUUGAUCCUAGCACGCGGUCUGUUUGGGAAAGUCAGGAGAAGAGAGAGCAUGAGUCUUUACCAGGGACCGAUGCCAAUGCAGACGAAGGAGAGAAGGGAUCAGCUACAUCGGGAAUCAUACCUACUCUACAGAAUAUUGUUGCGACAGUAAACUUAGACUGUAGGUUAGACUUAAAGACUGUAGCGCUACACGCACGUAACGCUGAAUACAAUCCUAAACGUUUUGCAGCUGUUAUCAUGCGUAUUAGAGAACCAAAAACAACUGCCCUAAUCUUCGCAUCUGGUAAGAUGGUUGUUACGGGUGCUAAAAGUGAAGAUGACUCGAAGUUGGCUAGUAGAAAGUAUGCGAGAAUUAUUCAAAAGAUUGGGUUCAGUGCCAAAUUCACAGAUUUCAAGAUUCAGAAUAUCGUCGGGUCCUGUGAUGUGAAGUUCCCUAUUCGUUUAGAAGGUUUGGCAUUUAGUCACGGUACUUUCUCGUCAUAUGAACCAGAACUUUUCCCAGGUCUUAUCUAUAGAAUGGUGAAGCCCAAGAUCGUGUUACUAAUUUUCGUCUCGGGAAAAAUUGUGUUGACAGGUGCCAAACAAAGAGAAGAAAUCUAUCAAGCGUUCGAGGCUAUCUAUCCGGUGUUGAGUGAAUUCAGAAAAUUAUAA